AAAGUGAGCUCACGUUCACACAUUGGUAAAGAGGCUGGUCUUGCAAUGCCUUUGAAUAUUUUACUUUUAGGCAGUUCCCCAUCAGUCAGCCACACACAUCCGAGCCGAGCUGAAGCUAACUACAGCCAUGGACAGCACUAGGAGAUCUGAAAUCUAAUCGCAUGCAUCAUACCUCCAGGAUAUUUUUUUAAAUUACAUAUAUAAACACGCUGACAGGCAGCCGCGCUCGCACACACACAUAUACAUCCACACGUCGGCAGAGCCGCCAGCACCCGCACGGCCGCUGAGCAAACACCUUGUCUCUUCUCGCAGGAUAUACCCGCUCACACACAUCUCUCUUUAUCUCCUCCUGGCUUCCCGGAGGAUCGUGCCGGCUGUUUUUCAUGGAGAAAGUCCAGGGAGAAAUGGAGAUUGAGAGAUGGGAAAGAAGUGAAGAGAUUUCAGACGCAGAAAAAAAGGUUAUUCAAGAGACAUGGAGCAGAGUAUAUGCAAACUGCGAGGACAUUGGGGUCUCCAUACUCAUCAGGUUUUUUGUCAACUUUCCCUCGGCCAAGCAGUACUUCAGCCAGUUCAAGCACAUGGAGGACCCAUUGGAGAUGGAGAGGAGCUUGCAACUGCGUAAGCACGCUCGGCGGGUCAUGGGUGCCAUUAACACUGUGGUGGAGAACCUCAAUGACUCCGAAAAGGUUUCCUCUGUUCUGGCCCUGGUGGGCAAGGCCCAUGCCCUCAAGCACAAAGUGGAGCCUGUCUACUUUAAGAAACUCACUGGUGUCAUGCUGGAAGUCAUUGCUGAGGAAUAUGCCAAUGAUUUCACCCCGGAGGCACACGGUGCCUGGACCAAGAUGAGGACCCUCAUCUACACCCACGUGACGGCGGCGUACAAGGAGGUGGGCUGGGCGCAGUACCCCACCGCCACCCUGUGAGCGGCCAGCAGGGCCAGGCGAGGGGCAGGGAGGGCUUCGCUCACCCCAGGACUUCACUCUGGUCUCUUCUCAAGAUCUUCGCUCAGUCUGGGGAGCCCGGUAGGGCCAGCUCUGUUAGCUGCCAAGUCACAAUUUGAUCUCAAUGGGGUUUAAAAACAAACUAAAUAAGCCAAAAUAAUAGAACCACAAAGGGUGUGGGUGGGUCGGGGUGAAGCAGUUGUAGGGGACGCUGGAAGGGGAUGCAGAGCGCGAGGGGAGAGAGUUGGUUGUUGGCUCCAUCUUACUGUUCUGGCCUGUCCAUCACCACCUCCCAAGCCCUGCACCUCGGUUGUGCCAUCUCAAAGUCCCUUGCACAAACUCUCCUGAGAAGCAGUGACGUGCAGCCCCAUCCGCUGAUGACCAACACCACCCUUGUUUCCCAUGCAAAGCCCCUGGGUAAACCUGGCUCCUUGCUUUUGGGGGUGCGACGCUUAUAUGGACCGCCAGCUGCCUGGCUGGCACUGAAAACACUUUGCUUGGCACUUUCUCUACUCCCCUGGCAGGGUGGCAGGGCUGACGGCUGCAGCCGGAGCCGCUCUCACCUGCCCCUCACCCUGCACCGUGGGCUGGCAGCAGCCCUCGCCUCCCCCCAUCACCCCCAGUCCCUGUCCUUGGCUGGCUGUUGGAAACCCUCCUGGGGGGCUGGCGGGGUGGGAGAGACGUGCUCCCUCAGAGUGAGAAUGGGGAAGGAGGGGGAUGCCUUUGGGCUGCCUCCCCUCGUGGCUCAGAGCACAGUGUGUAGGUGGGAUCCCUGUGCUGGAUGAGGGGUGCUGGUGAGCCCACCUGCCUCCCCUCAGCUCCCGUGGGCAGCAGGGAUGUGCUGAGGAUGGGCUGGGGUGGCACACGUCGUGCCAUUGCCCUGGGAGCUGGCGUGCGUCUGUCUGUCUGGCAGCCAGCGGCAGGGUGGUGCAGGGAUGUGGGCCCAGGGCAGAUCUUGCCCCGCUCGGUGAGAAGAGGGGUUCAGGCUGUGAUCAGGAGGUGGAAAGAUGAAGUGGACGUAGCAGAGGGUGUGAAGAAAUGUCCCUGCUCUGUUAAAAUUAAUAAAUAACUUGUUAUAUAGAGCAUAUUCCUGCCCUCUUGGUGAAACUGGGUUCCUUCAAAUAAAGUGCCUGGUAGCAAUCAACCCAUGCAGGAACUGUGUCCCUCCUCAGGGGCUGGCAGUGCUCCCACCCGUGCCUGGCAAAGGGCCCCCCACACCCCCUCAAAACGAGAGAGGGCUGCAGGGCUUGCAGCACUCAUCCUGCCUCCGACACCAACUCCUCCUGAAGCUGUGGGCAAGUCUGCUUGGCUUCUGCCUUGAUUUCCCCUUUGGUUACAAAAAAGGGAGGAGGAGCAGCCCCAUUGCCUCCUGCACACAUGUGCUUGGAUUUAUAGAAUGCUCUGGGGAGUGACUGGCAAAGGAUUAGGGAUGAAGCAUCAGGUGUUCUAGGAGGCUUUGCCACCCUUGUCACCCAGUAGUUCCCAAAAUGUAUCUGUUAUUUUUAGAGCACUAUCAUUAAGGGCAAUGUUACCUGUUGAAGUGGGAUGGGGAGUUCCCCUCUGAGGUUUCCUCUGGCCUCACUUCCCUACCGCUCUGGAGAGCUGGCAGCUUUCCAGGAGAGACCAGCUCCUCUCCUGGGUGUUGGCUUGGGAUCCCCACAGCCACCCUGGGGACAUGUCCCCCCACCCUGCCCUGGGGACACUGCUGGAGGGGGCAGCAGUAACUCUCCCCGGGGCUGACCUCCCUCCUCUGGAGCAGCCAGCCAGAAACUCCUGCUAUGCUCACCCACAGCCAGUUCAUCUGUGCUUUUAAUAAUCUCCAGGGAAUAGGUUGUUUUGCCUGUUUCUGGUGUUUUGCUUCUGUGCCAAGGGGAUCCUCUGCCCCCCAGCCCUGGCAAUGCCAAGGAGGUGGCCAGCACUGUGUGCCCACUCCCAGAAAACCUCUUGGUGGGGUUUUCCCCUUUCCUCCACCGGCUGUAACGGCAGGUUUCUGCUUGGGAUUUGUGGGACCCCAUAGAGAGGGGCAAACGCCCAGCCCUGCCCCUUCCAUCGCUCGUGCCAAGGUUGUGGCACAGCCCCCAGCUGGGCAGUGACCCCAGGGACUGCAGCUCAGAGCAGCAGGGGAGGUGUUCUUGGGGGAAAAUGUCUUCUCCUCUUCCUCUAGGCUCGCUUAGAUGCAGCCGGGAGUUUGUGCCAUCACCCUGUGCCCUGACUCUGGGCAAAGGGAAUUUGAGGAGGGCUUGAAACCUCUUGGCUGCAUUCCCCAACAAUCUCUCGCCUUCCUGCAGAGCCCUAGGACCAGGGUUAUUCCAAAAAUAUCCCCACAACUCCAAUAAUGUCACUACAGCCGUUGGCUCUGGCCUUGCAGUUCUUUCCUCCCUAUGUCCCAUGGUAAAACAGGUGGAGCCAGGAGCGAUGGCACGUCCUGGGCAGACACAGAGGGUUGGGUGGAAAUAACCACUUGGGGCAUGGCUGUCCUUGGCGUGGCAGCGUGCAAGGUCGAGGGGUUUAUAAAGAAAGGGACAGGCACAGGGUGACGAUGCUGCUUUGCUGAUGGGGUGGGCUGUCGUUCAGAGUCAGCACCCCUGAAAUUCAGUCUGCCAGCCCACACCCAUGAAGGUGCCAGCAGCUGAUGCCUCUGGCUCACAUCCAAAUGUCAAAGCAGCUGCUUGUCCCUUGCACGGUUGCCAGAAGCACCCUUCAAAUGGCAGCUGCCAGCCACAGUCAGGAUUAGGCCUGUGUAGAUGGGAAAAGACCUGUUCAGUCCUUGACUUUGCUCCAGUGCAAGGCUGGCGAGCCAUCGCUUGGAGCAAAGACUCUUAGAUAUUUUUCUAGGUGCAUCACGGGACUCUCAGCACAACUUCACUGAUUUCUGCCAAAACCUCGGGGCCAGCAAUGCAUUCUUUUAAAGAGUUCAUGUACUCCCCCUGCUCUGCGGAUGCUGAGCCAGGGAUGUUUCCGUACAGGGAUGCUUCAUCUUCAGACAAAGUUCACACAUUAACCUUUGAGGUUAAUAUUCUCCAGGUGGGAAAUUUAUUUUUGCAGUGCAAACCCUUCCUCUCCCUUCCCACAACCACAACUGGGCUCAGUCAUGGUCAGCAGGAAAAGCAAUUUUUGGGGUGGCUAGAAAGUUCUCAUGUUCAUGCCCAACCCACCCGAGUGCCUUGGCUUUGGGAGAGCAGCAGUGAGGUCCCCCAGCACCUCACCUUUGAAUUGGCCUUGGUUUCUUUCUCUUUUUGGGGUUUUUUUUCAUCCCUAGAAAAAAACUGACCCAUGACCUUGUGCACCCACGCGUGUGUGUGCUUGGCUUGAGUUUAUUUUCCAGGCACAUUUUUCUAAAGCAAAUCCAGAUGCGUGCAGCUGCUGUCCCUUGAGGAGGCCCCCCCAUCAGCCAAAUUGCAGGCCAGUCGAAUAUAUGCAAACAAAAACAUGUUUAUUUUUACCAGCUCUGUAGGAAGUAAAAUGAAGCAGGGAGGGCGGCCGGAGCAGAGCCUGCAAGGGGAAGAGACAGAGAUAAAGCAAACACCCCCUCUUCGCCACCCGCAGCAGAGGAGGCAUUGCUUAAAUCAGGGAAAAUUCUCAUCUGGGGAGAGAUGAAAAUGAACAGAAAUAGGAAAAAAUACCAUUCCGGAAUGACAGGGCUGAUAAAUGCUGUGCGGAAAAGCAGAAAGGGAGGCCGGGUCCUGGCUCUGAGCGUGGCUCUCCGGCACACGCGCGUGCACAUGCCUGCACAGCUGCUCCCUCUUACCACCAGCACCGUUGCCCCCCCUGAACCCACUGCAGCCAGCUGAGGAACCCCUUAUCCCCCCUUCCCUUCAGGCCCUGCUCACUGAGGCUUCACAUUUCACCUCCUGGUGCACUUGGGCUGAGAUCAGGGCACUGCCCAGCCGCGCUUUGGGCUUGGCUUUGCCCUCCUUGGUGGUAGGAGGUAGGGACCAACUUGUGAAGCUGUCCCCCCGAAGUUCAUGGGCAAGAAGCUGGGAGUUCAGGGCAUGGCAUCAGCACAUGCUGGGAACCAGCUGGUAUCUCCCCUGCCUUGGGGGGACCCCCAUGUCCCCCAAGCCUGUUCACUUUCCCAGGGAUGCUGCCAGACUGUUCCUGCUCACUCUGUUCCUCUCCGACACCCGUGCUGUUGUGGCUGCCCCGCGCAGGCCAGCUGAGCUCAGCUCAGAGCUGCCGCCUCUGUAACCGGGGCAGGAUGCGGCCCCUGGCUCAGCCUCUGCCUCUGCAUUAGCAUCAGGACUGGGCUUGGACCCGGGUGGCAAAGUCUGUGCUUCCUGCCAGCAGCAGAUGAAUGCCAAGUGUGUGUGUGAGGGGGAUGUCCCUGGGUCCCCCCCGAGCGCCUCAUCCUGGCUUUCCUAGGGGAUACCCGCUCGUAUUAACCACCUUGUGCCCUCUCCCACCCCAAGUUCAAUGCUGCGUUUGAUCAGAGGGAGCGCAGCACUGGAGGGAAUGGGAAGUGUUGGGUUGGGAUGGGACACAGGUCCCGUCCACCUGUCCCCCCACUCCCUAUGUCCAACACCCAUGGCAGGUAUAGCUCCAUCCACACCCGGCCAGCCAGAGACACCCCAACGCCACCAGGGCCCAUCGGACAAGGAGCCCUUAAGGACCUUGUGCUACCACCCGUGUCUUGUCUUAUGGCAAGACAAAUUCCCAAGGCAGCCAAGCUGAAGGCUCUCCCGGGAGAAUCCUCUUAUAUCUCUGCCACUUUGCUCCAGUUUGCCCCAGUAAAGGGGAUCCCAGCGUCUCCCCACUCUCUGGGGACGUGCCCAGCGACUUCAGUGGGGACCAGAUUUCGGCUGGCUGGACUCUGGUGCCAGAGCUCAGCCGUCCCUGCCCCUUGCCGUGGGGAAGCCGCCCUGGUGCACUGACGUCAGGACUGCUCGGGGCCAGCACCAGCGAUGCCAGACAGAUGGGUGGAAGGGAAACCCAUGAGCUAACCUUGGACCAACUUACAGAAAGGGAGGGAUAAAACUACCCACCUGGGUCUGACCUGUUUAACAGACUGCAACGCUAAUUAUUUUCCGUAGCUGAAGUUGUCUCUAAUUGUUAGUAUGUCUUAACCAGUCCCACCGUGACCCACAGACAUGAGCCGGCGUGGUCUGAUGUAACUCCGUGUCUUUCCUGUUACUGCUGCAGAUACUGUUCAUGUACGUGUUUCUCGGCGCUUCCGUGCUGGUUUUAUACAUGCCGUUUCGUGUAUGAUGGGUGUAACUUGUUUUUCUUUUUGUAGGUUUUUAGUAUGUUUGUAACAAGACAGAAUGGUGUUAUUAAACUGAAACUUGUAUCUUCAGUGGAUAAAUCAAUCAAACCCC